AAAGUCCUGUCUAUCACCUAAUCAAAAUAGAAGGAGCGAGAGAGCGAGAGAGAGGAAGAUGAAGUACGCGUCCAUAGGUUCGAUCUUGAUUGCACUUCUGUCGAUCCAUUGCCUUUCUGCGCUCUGUGCCGUGGAUGACUUCGAUUUCUUCUACUUCGUUCAACAAUGGCCAGGAUCGUACUGCGACUCAAGGCACAGUUGCUGCUACCCGAAGACGGGGAAACCUGCAGCAGAUUUCGGCAUUCAUGGGCUGUGGCCUAACUACAAGGACGGAUCCUACCAGUCUAAAUGCAAUCCUGAUCAUGUUUUCGAUAAGUCUGAGAUUUCAGAUCUCAUUAGCAGCUUGGAGAAAAGUUGGCCAACUUUGUCAUGCCCGAGCAACGACGGCCUCAAGUUCUGGGAACACGAAUGGGAGAAACAUGGGACCUGCUCGGAGUCUGAGCUCGAUCAGCACGACUACUUUGAGGCGGGCCUCAAGCUGAAGGAGAAGACAAACCUCCUUCAAGCACUCAAGAAUGCGGGGAUCGAGCCAAAUGACAAGUUCUACAGACUAGAGAGCAUCAAAGAGGCUAUUAAGCAAGCGGUUGGUCAUGAGCCUGGGAUUGAAUGCAACGUCGAUCCAUCUGGCCACAAGCAGCUUUCAGAGGUGUAUCUGUGCGUCGAUACUUCGGGUAUGGAGAUUAUCGAAUGUCCCAUUCUUCCCAAGGGAUCAAGAUGUGCUUCAAACAUCCAAUUUCCAAAGUUUUAACAAAAGAAGGGACUCGAUCGAUGCACUAGAAUGGUCAUCUCUAUGGACAUAUAUCGGCAACUGAACCUAUUCAUCUAAAAUUUUGCAUCAAUCUGUAUUUGAUGGAAAAAUUUAUUGCUUUCAUCUCGUUUCAAAAGGUUAAUAAAUAACAAAAGGCUGCAAAUUUCUCCAUUCA